CGUUCGGUCAGCUGAGACACGCACGCGUCUCGUUUCUCUCGCGCGGCUCUUUCGCACUUUAAUUUUCAAUACUUUUUCAUCUUUCUUUCUGUUGAAUUGUACGAUAUUGUACUUUCCAGCAUUAUCGAGGAAGAGUGACAGACAGAAAGAGAAAGAGAGAGAAAAGCGAGAGAGAAAGGGAGGGAGGUAAACGGAAAAAGAAAGAGAGAGAGAGAGAGAAGGAGAAAGAAUAAACAGUGACGCCGCGUGUGAAAAGUAUAAAAGCAAGACGGCUGAUCCACAAAAGUGUGUCCGUUCAUCCAUUCAUCUGUUUCUCUAGAUCAUUAGAUUUUGGGGGGGACGAGGACGAGUUCUCCCCGACAAUCAGACAUGAAGCGCGUUGCAAAGGAUUAGCACCGAGGAAGAAGAAGUGCUAGUGCGACGCGACGACUCGUGGAAGAAGAGGAAAAAAGGGAAAAAUAGUGCCCGACAUCGCACGCCCGCCCGACCCUCCUCCCCCUCCCGCCCUACCCGUAACAGUGCUUGUACCGCAUUCUUCGAGGUACAGCUGGGAGAGGAAAAAGGUUGGAAGCGACUUCGCGUAAUACGUGAUUAAGUACAUCAGACUAAGCCUAUCAAGCUCAAGAAGAUCUACGAAAGGCUUUUUCGUUACUCGACCAAGACGAAAUUCUUAUAACUUGGGCUUAACGACUUUGGAUGGAUGCUAUUCUGAGAUAAAUAGCAAAACACGUCUCCGGGGGACAGCAAGAGUAAACAAAACGAGACUCAACUGGAAUAAUGCGAAAUUUGGAAAGGCUAUCAGGCAGCGAUCAGGACUCCGUCGAUCAGGAGAUGUACAUCGACCUGGACGACGCCUCCGUUGACUCGCUUACUGGCAAACGAGGUCGUCACCAUGUUGGCGCUGAGGUGGGCGACGAGAGCGACAGCAGCGGCAGCGAGAGGAGCCCCAAGCGGGUGAAGCGGCGCAGCCGAGGCGGACCGCCGACCACCCGGAGACGGUAGAGCGGCAUCUCGGCGCGGGGCAUCUCGGCGCGGGAGCGGACCCUCAGGAGACUCGAGAGUAACGAACGCGAGAGAAUGAGGAUGCACUCGCUCAACGACGCCUUCGAGCAACUGCGAGAAGUUAUACCUCAUGUAAAAAUGGAGAGGAAGCUUAGCAAAAUUGAGACGCUUACAUUGGCCAAGAAUUACAUAAUGGCGCUGACAAAUGUUAUUUGUGAAAUGCGUGGAGAGGAACAGCCUUACACAUUCGUGGACGGCGAAUGCGGUUCGAGCAGCGGUGACAGCAGCACCGGCCAACUGGAAUUGAGCGGUGGCGAGCAGCCGGAAGAAGCAUCGCCAGCCUCAUUGCACGAGACAAACAACAACAGCCUUUUGCACGAGGAUCUCGAGCGCAGGAUAUAGUUCGGAAUUGCAGCUAUAAUCUGCGAUAAUUGCGCGCCAGACUAUAAUAACAUGUGCGUCGCGUUAUCUCACUCUCUUUCCUUCCUCUAUCCCUUCCUCUCCUUCUCUCUCUCUCUCUCUCUCUCUCUCUCUCUCUCUCUCUCUCUCAUUCUCAUAUCCCACUUAUAUUUCUCACUCCGCCGCUCUACUAUCUCUCCAUCGCUACCUCUAUAUCUCAAAAUUCAUUGCCUAAUAUAAUUUUCUCGCCCUAUGUUCUCAUUGGUGAUUAGGACCGAUAAGUAUUUGAGAAAUAUGAACAUUCGCUAAAACUGACACGCGAAAAGGAAAGAAAAGCGCGGGCGCAUUAGUGAAGUGUCCAAGUUCUGAAUUUCAUUACGAGUGUGUCAUUGAUUAAGUGAGAGAAGAGGGAACGAGCGAAUAAGGCUAAAGUAGAGGAGGAGGUGGACAAUAAAGAAGAAAAGACAUUACAGAACAUUUUAAUGAGUAUGAAAUUGAUUGACGACGUACGUGUAGUGUUAAAGUGAAAUAAGUCGGGAGUAAUUAUAGAAAGACAUACAAGUGAGUUUCGUGAGCUACGUUAGUGCAAUGUUUGUUUUAAGACCACCUCGAAGCCGUAAAAAAAGAACAGAAAAACUUAAGAAAUAUUUACAGAAUUAUAUAGAAGGACGAAUUUGAUAACCUUUAUCUUUCAAAUAACCUUAUCUCCCCC